GAAGAGGCUGUCGGGAAAUGGCGGCCGCGGCCGGGCUGGGGCUUCAGCGGGAGGCAGCAGAGGGGAAGUGGCCAGCGUGGCGAAUGACGGAAGAAACUCGCAUUGUCUACUGGAUCAAGGACAGACAGCUCACCAACCAUGACAGCACCAUACUGGAACUUCAAAAAGUUCUGAAAACAUGUUGUAGUUCGGUGUAGCACUGUUUGCGGCGAGGAGAAAGGAAGGAGAGGAGAAAACUGCACUGGAUCAAGGAGGUCUUCCCAUAGGCCUGCAGUAGGGCUGUUUACCAUUGGAAGCAAGGGAAAGAGGAGGAGACCAAUCUAGAAGCAUGGAGAUCUGCCUGCAUGUCUGCUGCAGGGCUUAAGAUCACUGGAAGCAAAGAAACAAAGAGGAGAUUGCUCCUGAUCGGUAUAGACUGGUCCAGAGAUCUCAUGAAUUUAUAUAUCUACUUUAGGGUGUAUUGCCAAGAGAAGCAAGAGGAGAGGAGGGAACUGCCUCGGAUCAUUACAGGUCCACCUCCAGAGGCAGCUGUAGUGGCCUUUGAGUGGCUGAAGACCAGCACCCUCACAGGCCUACACCCACAACUACCACUCUCUUUACCCCAGCCCGAGUGCGCUCUACCAUACCUUGUUCGUGCUUUUAGCAGGGGUGAUUACAUGGGCCGCAUUCAGGAAGUGGGCUGGGUGACUGCAGGACUGGUGAUCUGGGCUGGCACCUGCUACUACAUUUACAAAUUUACCAAGGGAAGAGCCCAGAGUGUGAGGACUCUUGCCAGAAAUGGAUCCACAGUUAAGAUGGAGACUGUGGUUGGGGUACAGAGCCAGACCUUGGCCAUAAAUGAAGCAGAGAUUAAGACUAAACCCCAAGUUGAGAUUGGAGCAGAAACUGGAGCAAGAAGUGGGCCUGGGGCUGAAGUAGAGACCAAGGCCGCUGCUAUAGCCAUACACAGAGCCAACUCUCAGGCCAAGGCAAUGGUUGGGGCAGAGCCAGAGACUCAAUCUGAGUCCAAAGUGGUGGCUGGAACACUGGUCAUGACAGAGGCAGUGACUCUGACUGAGGUCAAGGCCAAAGCCAGGGAAGUGGCCAUGAAAGAAGCAGUGACCCAAACUGAUGCUGAGGCUGGCAAAAUAGUUAAGAAAGAAGCAGUGACACAGACCAAGGCUAAAGCUUGGGCGCUGGUUGCCAAGACAGAGGCCAAGAGAGAAGCAAUGACCCAGACCAAAGCUGAAACUCAUAUAUUGGCUGAAAAAGAGACAGAGAUUAACAGAGUAAUGGUUACACAGAGUGAGACCUUGGCAGCACCCAGGGAAGUGGCCAAGAUGGGGGCCACGAACAAGACUGGAAUUGUGGAUGAAACCAAGACAAGAGCUCUGGAAGAGACUGUGAGUGUGGCUAAGACUCAGUCUGAGGCCAGGCCUGGUGCCACAGUUGAUGCUAGGGGAAAUCUCAAUGGCAUGUCCAGGGAGGUGGCUGGAGUGGACAUGAAGUCCUGUGCACAGUCUCAGGCUGUGACCAAGAUCCAGGGUGAUGACAUGCCUGGUACUGGGGUUGAGGACAUGGGGAAUUGUAAAACCAUGUCUAGGGCAGAGUCUGGGGCAGACACGAGGGCUUCUGCUCAGCCUCAAAUUUUUGCCAAAACCCAGACUGAGGCCAUUCCUGGGGCAAAGAUUGAUGCCGGGGGUAACACCAAUGCCAUGUGUAAGGUGGGGGCAGGGGCAGAUGUGAGAGCUUGUAUACAACCUCAGACUGUGGCCAAGAAACAGGCUGAGGUGACGUCUGGUGCCAGGGUUGAUGGUAGGGGAAAUACCAAUGUCAUAUCUAAGGCAAUAACUGGAGCUGACAUGAGAGCUGCUGCUCAGCCUCAAGCUGUUGCCAGUACUCACGCUGAGGCCAUGUCUGAUGCCAAGGUUAAGAACAGAGGCAAUCCCAAUGCCAUGACUAAAGCAGGGGCCAAGGCAAACUUGAGGGCCAAUUCCCAGGUUGAGGCCUUGCCUGAUGCCAGGGAUAAGAGCAGAGGCAAUCCCAAUGCUAUGGCUAAGGUGGGGGAUGGGACAGACAUGUUGUCCUGUACACAGCCUCAGCUUGUGGCCAGUGUUCAGGCUGAUACCUUGUCUGAUGGCAAAAUUAAGGUCAGGGGCAAUGUCAAUACCAUGCCUAAGGAAGGAGCUGGGGUGGAUAUGAAGGCUCAAGGUAUGGCCCAGAGCCAGGGUGAAGCCUUACCUAAUACUAGAGGUAAGGCUAGGGGCAAAGCCAAAGCCAAGUGUAAGACAGGGCCUGGGAUGGACAUGAAAACCUGUACACAACCUCAGGCUGGGGUCAAGACCCCAGCUGAGGCCUUGCUUGAUUCCAGGGUUGAUGGUAGGGGCAAUCCUAAUGCCACUUCUAAAGCCGGGACUAAGGCAGACCAGAGGGUCUGUGGUCAGUCCCUGGUUGUGGCCAAUCCCCAGGGUGAGGCCUUGCCUGGUGCCAAGAAUAAAGUCAAGGGCAAUCCCCAUACUGUGCUUAAGGUGGGGGCUGGAGAAGGUACAACAGACUCUGCCCAGCCUGAGGCAGUGGUCAGUUUCCAGGGUGAGGCCUUGCUUGGCACCAAGAAUAAAGUUAAGGGUAGUCCCAAUGUUGUGCUUAAGGCAGAAGUUGGGGCAGGUGCAAUGGGCACUGCCCAGCUUCAGAUUAUGGCCAGUUCCAAGGGUGAGGCCUUGCUUGAUUCUAAGAAUAAGGUCAAGGGUAAUUCCAAUGCUGUGUCUAAGGCAGGGGCUGGGACAGAUACAACAGGCUCUGUCCAGCCCCAGAUUGUGGCCAAUUCCCAGGGUGAGGUCUUGCCUGGUGCCAAGAAUAAGGUCAGAGGCAAUCCCACUACUGUGCCUAAUUCAGGGGUUGGGCCAUAUACAACAGACUGUGCCCGGCCCCAGGCUGUGGCCAAUUCUCAGGGUGAGGUCUUGCCUGGUGCCAAAAAUAAGGUCAAGGCCAAUCUUAAUGCUGUGUCUAAGGCAGAAGCUGGGAUGGGUGCAACAGGCUCUGUCCAGCCCCAGGCUGUGGCUAAUUCCCAUUGUGAGACCUUGCCUGGUGCCAAGAAUAAGGUCAGGGGAAAUUGGAAUGCUGUGUCUAAGGCAGGGGCUGGGAUGGAUACAAGGGGCUCUGCCCAGCCCCAGGCUGUGGCCAAUUCCCAGGGUGAAGUCUUGCCUGGUGCCAAGAAUAAGGUCAAGGGCAAUCCCAAUGUCGUGUCCAAGGCAGGGGCCAGAGAAGAUACAGUGGGCUCUACCCAGCCUCAGGUUUUGGCCAGCUCCCAGCGUGAGACCUUGCCUGGUGCCAGGAAUAAGGUCAAGGGCAAUUCCAAUGUUGUGUCUAAGGCAGGGGCCAGAGAAGAUACAAUGGGCUCUGCCCAGCCUCAGGUUGUGGCCAACUCCCAGCGUGAGACCUUGCCUGGUGCCAGGAAUAAGGUCAAGGGCAAUUCCAAUGCUAUUUCUAAGGCAGAGGCUGGGGCAGGCAUAAUGGGCUCUGUCCAGGUCCAGGUUGUGGCCAGUUCUCAGGGUGAGGUCUUGCCUGGGGCCAAAAAUAAGGUCAGGGGCAAUUCCAAUGCUGUGCCUAAGGCAGAGGCUGGGGCAGAUACAGUGGGCUCUGCCCAGCUCCAAGCUGUCGCUAAUUCCCAGAGUGAGACCUUGCUUGGUGCCAGGAAUAAGGUCAAGGGCAAUACCAUUGCUGUGCCUAAAGCAGGGACUGGGGCAGGCACAAGGCACUCUGCCCAGCCUCAGAUUGUGGCCGGUUCCCAGGGUGAGACCUUGCCUGGGGCAAGGGACAAGUCUAUGUCCACUUCUGAGGCAGAAGCCACAGCAGAAGAUGAGGCCUAUGCAAAGCCUGAGGCUGAGGCUAUGCCCACUUCUGAGAGUGAGGGUGGGUCAGGCACUCAAGCCUGCAGAAAGACUCAGCCUAACAUCCAUGACUACUACUGGAAUGGGAUUGGUGUUGAAGACUGGAUUGCUGCUGAGCGGUGGAUCAAAUUUAGGUUUCAGACCAUGGAUGGAGACUGGGAAAAUAGUGUGUCCUGGGCUGAUGAUGAGAAUGAAGCCAGUAUUGGGUCCUGGAGUGGGGCUAGUGAUAAGGCUGGGAUUAUUCGGUCUUGGGCUGUGGCUUGUGAUGAGACCAGUGUUAAGUCCUGGGCUGGGGCCAGGGCUGAGAAUGUGGUUGGUAUUGGGACUUGGGCUAGAGCUGGGGAGCAGGCCAGUGGAGGGCUCUGGGCUGGGGGUCAGACUAGUGAGGGGACCUGGGCUGGGGACAAGGCCAGUGGAGGAGCCUGGACUGGGGCUGAGAACCAGGCCAGUGGGGGGUCUUGGGCUCUCACUGGGAAUCAGGCCAUUGGAGAGCUUUGGGCUGCAGGUCAGGCCAGUGAUGGGUCCUGGCCUGGGGGACAGGCCAGUGGGGUGUCCUGGGUUGGGGAAGAGGCCAUUGGAGGGUCCUGGACUGGGGCUGAGAACCAAGCCAGUGAAGGGUCUUGGGCUGGAGCUGGGGCUGGGAAUAUGAGUAGUGUUUCAUACUGGGCUGGGGUUGUGGAUCAGGCCGGUGGAGGGUCCUGGGCUGGGACUAGUGAUCAAUCUGGUGGUGGGUCCAAGCCUAGAUUUGAGGAUCAAGCCAGUGGAGAAGGGUCCUGGGCUGGGGCUGGUGGUCAGGCUAGUGGAGGGUCAAUGUUGGGGCCUGAGGACCAGUCCAGUGGAAGGUCUUGGGCUGACACUGCAGACCAAGCCAGUGGAGGGUCUAGGCUGGGCCACGUAGAUCAGUCCAGUGGUGGGGCCUGGGCUGGGACACUUGAUCAGUCUGGUGGUGGGUCCAAGCCCAGAUUUGAAAAUCAGACCACUGAAGAAGGGUCUUGGGCUGGGGCUGGUGGCCAGGCUGGUGGAGGGUCCAAGGUGGGGCCUGAAGACCAGUCCAGUGGAAGGUCAUGGGCUAACUCUGGGGACCAAAUCAGUGGAGGAUUCUUAGUUGGGAUUGUGGACCAGGCCAAUGGAGGGUCCUGGACUGGGGCUGGGCAUCCAGCUAGUGUUGGGCCAAAGCCUAUAUUUGAGGAUCAGGUCAGUGGCAGAGGGUCCUGGGCUGAUGCCGGGGAGCAGGUUGUUGGAGAUUCUAGGCUGGGGCUUAGGGACCAGUCUAGUGGAGAUUCCUGGGCUGGCACUGGGGACCAGGCCAGUGGAUGGUUCUGUGUUUGCCCUGGGAGUCAGACGAAUGGAGGGUCUUGGGGUGGGGCUAGUGGCCAGGAUGUUGGAGGGUCUAGGCCAGGGCCCAUGAACCAGUCCAGUGCUGGGUCCUGGGAUAGCACUGGGAGUCAGGUCAGUGGAAGCUGCUGGACUGGGGCUGGGGCUGUGGAUCAGGCUGGUGGUUGUUCCAAACCUGGAUUUGAGGAUCAGGCCAUUGGAGGGGGGUUCUGGCCUGGUGCUGGGGACCAGACUGGUGGAGGCUCCAGGCCAGGGUCUGAGGAUCAGUCCAGUGGAAUAGGUUCCUGGGGUGUGGCUGGUGGCCAGGUCCUUGGGGGAGCUAGGCCGGGGCCUGCAGACCAGUCCAGUGGUGGGUCCUGGGCUGGCACUGGGAAUCAGUCCAGUGGAAGGUCCUGGAUUGGGCCUGGGGAUCAGGCUGUUGACUGUUCCAAGCCUGAAUUUGAGGAUCAGGCUUGUGGAGGAGGCUCCUGGGCUGGUGCUGGGAGCCAAGCCAGUGGAGAAUCCUGGGCUGGAUCUAGGCCUGGGAAUGAGGCCAUUGGAGGAUCUAGGAUGGGAUCUGAGGACCAGGCCACUGGAGGAUCCUGGGCUAGAUCUGAGGACCAGGCCAGUGGAAGGUUCCAGGUCAGUUUUGAGGUGGAGGCCAAUGAAGGAUUCUGGUUUGGGCCUGGAGCUGAGGCCGUUAUAGGGUCUUGGUGCUGGACGGAGGAAAAAGCUGAUAUUGUGUCCAGGCCUGAUGAUAAAGAUGAGGCCACUACUGCAUCCAGAUCAGGGGCUGGGGAAGAGGCCAUCAUUUGUUCUAGGACUGAGGCUGAGAACAAGGCUAGUAGUGGCUCCUGGAUUAGAUCUGAGGAGGUGGCUUAUAUGGGCUCCUGUGUAGGGGCUGAGGCUGGGGCUGGGGCUGAGGCUGGGGCUGGGGCUGGGGCUGGGGCUGGGGCUGAGGCUGGGGCUGAGGCUGAGGCUGGGGCUGAGGCUGGGGCUGGGGCUGGGGCUGAGGCUGGAGCUGGGACUGAGGCUGGGGCUGGGGCUGGGGCUGGGGCUGAGGCUGGGGCUGGGGCUGGGACUGGGGCUGGGGCUGGGACUGAGGCUGGGGCUGGGGCUGGGACUGAGGCUGGGGCUGGGGCUGAGGCUGGGGCUAGGGCUGAGGCUGAGGUUGGGGCUGGGGCUGGGGCUGGGGCUGAGGCUGGGGCUGAGGCUCGGGCUGAGGCUGGGGCUGGGGCUGAGGCUGGGGCUGGGGCUGAGGCUGGGGCUGGGGCUGGGGCUGAGGCUGGGGCUGAGGCUGGGGCUGGGGCUGGGGCUGAGUCUGGGGCUGGGGUUUGGUCCUGGGAUGGAGAUGCAACCACUGUAGAGUCUAGGCUUGGGGCUGGGGAAGAGGCUGGUGUAGAGUCCUGGACCUUGGCUAGGGAUGUGGGAGAGGAUGAGCUAAGUAGAGAGUCCAGCCCUGAUAUUGAGGAGAUCAGUUUAAGGUCUUUGUUUUGGGCCGAGAGUGAGAACAGUAAUACGUUCAGAUCUAAGAGUGGGAAAGAUGCCAAUUUUGAGUCUGGAGCUGGGGAUAACACCAGCAUCAAGGAUAAGUUUGAGGCUGCUGGUGGAGUUGAUAUAGGGUCUUGGUUCUGUGCUGGUAAUGAAAACACAAGUGAGGACAAAUCUGCACCUAAGGCUAAAGCCAAAAAGUCAUCUGAGUCAAGAGGCAUAUAUCCGUCCAUGGUCCCUGGGGCAGGAAUGGGGUCAUGGGAUGGAGCCAUGAUCUGGUCGGAAACUAAGUUUGCACACCAAAGUGAGGCCAGCUUCCCAGUUGAAGAUGAGUCCAGAAAACAAACCAGGACUGGGGAAAAAACUCGGCCCUGGUCUUGCCGCUGUAAACACGAAGCUAAUAUGGAUCCACGAGAUCUUGAAAAACUCAUUUGCAUGAUUGAGAUGACUGAAGAUCCUUCUGUUCAUGAAAUAGCCAAUAAUGCUUUAUAUAACAGUGCUGAUUAUUCUUAUUCUCAUGAAGUUGUUCGUAAUGUAGGUGGAAUUUCAGUUAUUGAAAGCUUGCUCAAUAAUCCCUACCCCAGUGUUAGGCAGAAGGCUUUAAAUGCACUGAAUAAUAUCUCAGUGGCUGCUGAAAACCAUAGGAAGGUUAAAACUUACUUAAACCAAGUAUGUGAAGACACUGUCACCUAUCCCUUGAAUUCAAAUGUGCAGUUGGCUGGACUAAGGUUGAUAAGGCAUCUGACUAUUACCAGUGAAUAUCAGCAUAUGGUUACAAAUUAUAUUUCAGAAUUUCUUCGUUUGUUAACAGUGGGAAGUGGAGAAACUAAAGACCAUGUUUUGGGAAUGCUUUUGAAUUUCUCUAAAAAUCCAUCUAUGACAAAAGACUUGCUCAUUGCCAAUGCACCAACAUCACUGAUUAACAUUUUUAGCAAGAAAGAGACAAAGGAGAAUAUUCUUAAUGCUCUUUCACUAUUUGAAAAUAUAAAUUACCAUUUUAAAAGAAGAGCAAAAGCAUUUACCCAGGACAAAUUCAGUAAAAAUUCCCUUUAUUUCCUAUUCCAACGACCUAAAGCAUGUGCCAAGAAACUUCGAGCCUUAGCAGCAGAAUGCAAUGACCCUGAGGUGAAAGAGAGAGUUGAGCUAUUAAUAAGUAAACUCUGAUUGGCUGUAUGUUCCCAAACAAAUUUGAGUAAUAUUUUGGUUUUGCACUCUGGAAGUAAUGCACAUUGUAAAUUGCAUUAUAACUUUGAAACUGAUGUUACCUAUGAUGGUCUAUAGCUGGACCAUUUUAUGAACACCAAAUGAAUUCAAGCUUGUACUAAAAAUACAUGUGUUGAUUUUUAUCUUGUCUGGAUUGAGAUAUUUUUAGUAUGCUUCAUGAGCAGAAACUGAAUGGAUUCUUCAUAAGUAAGGUAAUCUUUGGUCCUUUGUGUGGACUUAUGUUUAUACAUUUAAGACUUUAUUUUUAUGUCAUCAAUAAAGUUGUGUGUUUUAAGCAGCAGAAAAAAGUCA